CAAAAUAAAAGAAAAAGCAUAUGAAACGAGGGAGCAUAGGGAGUGAGUGUUACUUUGCAAAAAAAGAAAAAAAAAGAAAAGAGAAAAAAGCAGAACAAAUAUCCAAAUAAAGAAAAGUUCAAAUUUGAAGCUGAAACCAUGCUCGAGAUGUUCGAAUAACAACAACAAUGACAACGCUCGCAUCAACGGGUAAACUAAAAAACCAACACGCUCCAACUGCUACCGCGGUGCAACUGCAUCCACGAAGGCACCACCAGCAGCAGCACCAGCACCAGCAGCAGCAGCAACAGCAGCGGCACCAGCAGCAGCAGCAGAAGCAGCAACAACUGAAAGCAAAUCGAUGUGAACUAAAAUCGUAUUCGUAAUCUUAAUUUCGAAGUGCAAGUGCUGACAGCAAGUGCAACAAAUCGCCAAAAUAUCUAGUUUUAAAUUUCAGCAACAACGCCUCGCCUCGAAUUUGAGCUAUUUAUUUUGCUUGCAUUGUUUUUGCCCAAACUCAGACUCCCGUUGUGCCAAUUCAUUUACACACACAUACACUAACACACACACAGACAUACGCGCGCACACACACACAUACACCCACACACCGAUGGGCGCCUGCCUACACUUUCGACCGCCCGCCCCCCCUUUGAAAGUGAGCGAUUGCUCUCGGAUUUCAACUCCGUUCGCUGGCUUUGAGCUUUAAGCUCCCAAUUGGAAGGCAGCGACAACGAUAACGAUAGCGAUAACGAUUACUGAGUGGAAUUGAGAAAAAAAACGUUGAUAAGACGGCGAUCCUUAAUCCGAUCCGAUAAUAGCAAUGCAGUAUAGGCCACCAUGGGUUCACAGACCUUGGAGAUACUGCGCCAGGGCGUGUGGGCCUCACUGACCGGCGGCUAUUUUUACGAUCCGCAUCAGGGCGUCUUUUGCAAUGUGGUGCAUUUGUAUCUCUGGCUCUACCUGCUCUGUUCGCCCUUUGUCGCCUACUUGUACUUUCCAAGCACAUGGCUGACCUGGUGCCUGUAUUGUGUGCUAACCAGCGGCACCAUAUUGCUGGUAAAGCUUAUCAAUUUGGCGCUGCAUCGGCUGUACGAUCGGGCGCAGACGAUGUCCGAGGUGAAUCUAAAAAGUCAAUUCUUCAAAGUCACCAAGGAAUCGGAUCAGCGCGAUCCCGACGAGGAGAACGGCAUCGAGAUGAAAGUGAUGCGCGCCAUCGGCAACAACGGCUCGCAUCUGUCUGUGGAGCAGGCCAUCAACGAGGCCAGCGAGGAGAACAGCAUCAUGUCCAUUGACAAUGUGAACAGCAUUAUAGAUCUCAAAGUCGAUGUGCAUCGCAAGAACAGCUCGGAGUCCUUUGAGCUUAUGUUUUAUGCGCCGUCGAUGCUCUCCGCUGGCAGCCAACAAGAUCAGCAAUCGAUCGCUGGCUCCGCUAGCGUUAGCAAAUCCAUACGAUCCACUAUUGCCGCCGCUGCACAGAAUAAUCUAUCCGCCAACGAGCUUUUCACCAAGUAUCUGGCCGUCUAUCCGGAAAUGGUUGAGGUCGUUGUGCCUCCCGCUGAAGGCAACGGCGGCGGCGGCACCAACAGCAAUGCUGCAGCGGACACCAGCCGUUCCACGCCCAACUCAACCGCAGCAGCAGCAGCAGGAGCAGCAACAAGCAGCACGGGCACAACCACAGUCAGCACGGGGCGCACGGGUCAUUUGUCGCGCAAAUGCUCGGAGGUAUUUAGUCGACGGCAUCGGCGGCGACUCGAGCGCCAGAGUAGCCUCGACGCUGGUGCCGCGGAGCCCACAUUUAGCGCCAAGCUGAUGCGCAAUCAGUCGGAUACCAUUGCGACGACGACAACAACAACAACAACAUCGGCGGCGGCAGCGCCCAGUUUUCUGCACACGAAGGCGGUGCGGCCGGGGGCCAAUCCGCGACAGCAUUUCAUGGCCAACAACGCACAGGCGGGCGCGGCGGCAGCUGCAGCUGCAGCUGGCAGCGACACUGCCUCCACAUCCUCGGCGGUUAUGGUUGUGGCCCAGCCAAAUACUACACGUUCCUCGCGCCUGCAGCGACAUCGCAGCUCGGAAACGCACGAUGAGCGCCUGAAGCAUCAGAGUCGCGCCGGCCUGUUCCAGUCGAUGCAGCAGCAGCACUCGCAUCUCCAGCACCAUCAUCUCCAGCAGCAACAGCUGCAGCAGCAGCAUGCCCAGCAUCAGAAUGCCAGCAGCAUCGGCAGCGGCGUCAACGAUGUGGAGGACAUGGAGCUGGGACUGGGUCUCGGUCGCGGCGCUGCCAAUGAUGCCUGCAAUCGUGCGCUCCAGUCCUGGAUAUUAGAUUCGUCGUCGGAUGUGUACCUGGAGGAUGAUAGCUAUACCAAAUCCGAUUUGGGCAUUGAGCAGCAGCCGCAUCAGGCGCCAUUUCGGGCCCAGCAUCACCAUCAUCAUCAUCACCAUCACCAUCAGCUGCAUCACAAUCACCUGCAUCAUCAUCUGGGCAGCGCGAUUGUGCGCAAGGAUCCCAACAGCACAAUGUCUGCGCUGCAGCUGUGCGCCUCUAGCAGCUCCGGCAGCGGCGGCGGCGGCGGCGGCAAUGCCAGCAGCAGCACUGGGGCCGGAGGCGGACGGAACGGCAGCACGGCCGCGAUGAAGCGGAGACGACAUUCCAACGCAACCAGCUAUCACAAACAGAACAGCGGGAGCAGCGCACAGGGCGGCGGCUCCAAGUCGACGCUGUUGUCGUCCGGCGGCCAAACGGGCGGCGGAGGCAACGGUGUCCGGCGCAUUAAGAGCGCCGCUCUGGAGGUGCUGUGCCCGCAGCCGUCCGUCUCGAAUCUGAGCCCGCAUCCGAACAGCGUGGAGGCCAUCAGCGGGCAGCAGCAGCUGCGGAAUCCCCUGCCGCCGCCGAGCAAGAGUCUGGUGCGCAAUCAGCUGCUGAACCUUUAUCCGCCACGUCUGGUCGAUCAGCAAUACGCGGAGAGCAGCGGUGCCGGCGGCGGCGGCGUCGGCGGUGGGAGCAGCUGCAGCAGCGUCAUCUUUGGUAGCUCCAGCGCCUGCGGCUCAACGCAAGCGCUCAUCGAGCCGCCCGUCUAUCCCAUUGUUGAGCAUUUGGAUGAGAAGACGUCCGACGAGUCGCCGGGCGCACAGCCGCGCGAUGAAACGGACCAUGUCAACGGCAGACACGAUGAUGACGACGACGAGCUGGACGAUGUGCCGCUGAGGCGUCGCACACGCGCCCUCGGCUGCAGUCAGACGCAUCAUAGCGCCGAGUCGGAUGUGGGCGGCAUUUUGGCGGACGAUGAUGACGAUGUCUUCAAGGAUUUUGAUGACAAUCUCGAGCACAUACUCAGCGAACUGCAGCAGACGCACAGUCAACUGGACGACGUGCUCAAGAAGUGUGAGCUCUACGCGGCGGGCACGGCCGGAACGGGCGCCCCAACGGCAGCCGCUGCUGCAGUGGCCACCGCUGCAUCCGAUGACGAGGAGACGGACAACAACACGGGCUCACGCUCACCCCUGCUCAGCAAUCGGCAGCAGCAGAGCGCGCGCGAACAGGCCGCCGAGCAGGCCAUGCGCCAGGAGCUAUCCUUGCCCGCGUUGCAGCAACAGAUUCAACCGGCGACGGCAACGGCUGCGCUGAUACGCAGCGAGGCCGAUUCGGGCUGUCCGUCCAGCGACUGUGAGCAGGUGAGCGCCAGCUCCAAGGAUCAGCUGCUCGCCGGCAUGGAACAGCUGCCCAGCAGUCAGACCCAAACGCAGCCGGAGCAGAAUGGUGAGCAGCAGCAGGAGGAGCACCAGGAGGAUGGUGACGAGGAGGUGGAGGAGGAUGAGGAAAAGCCGUGCACAUCACGCAUGGCCGCCAGAAGCCUAGGCGCCAUACCCAAGGUGCUCAACUAUCGCGAGGUGGACGAACUGCGUCGCCGGCGCGCCACCAGCAACCAGCUGGACGCCUGCCGCAACGAUCUGGCGGUCAUCAAGCAGCAGCAGCAGCACAAGCUGCCCGGCGGCGGCGCUUCGCGCAAUUCCUCCUCGUCGAACUCGACGCACAGCAUCAGCUUGACGGAAAGCCUCACCGCGGACAUACACAAGAUGCUCUGGCUGAUGCACGGCGGCGCUGUCGAUGAUCGCGGUCGUCCCAUAGCCGGCAUCUUGCCGGAUGGCACGCCCGUGCCGGCCAAUCCCAGUAUUGUGCCGCCAAACAUGUCCAGUGCGCAUUUCCAGUUCUAUCAGGAUGCCAUACAGGCGCUGCAGAGCAGCUAUCCCGCCUCCAGCUCCGUGGAGCACAUGACGCACAUCGAGCUGGCGCUGGCGCGUGACAAGCGCUGCAUGGACGCCAAGCGGAUGAUUGAGAAAAUGGCUGCGCUCUCAACGGGCAGCGAAGCGCGAGGCAAUGGCGCACAGACGACGGUGCCGCCGCCAGCUCUGGGCAUGCUUAUGGGCAGCUCAACGCGAGCAGCGGGAGCGACGCGUGCCUCGCUGCAGGGCAUGUUCAAUAUGAUGCGCAGCGAAUUGCAGGCAGCACGCACGGAUGCACUGCAGCAGCAGCUAAACGAGGCGGUGGCAGCGGCCACUAACGCCGGCGUUGCCCUGCCCACCGACACCGCCGCCAGCCGGCAGCAGCAGCAGCAGCAGCAAUCGCAGCAACAGCAGCAGCUGCAGCAACAGCUCAGCCAGCCGAUGCUGAAUGUGGAUGGUCAUUUUGCGCCGUACUGCGAGUAUUGGCGGCCAGCCUGCCUGCUGGCCGCCGAGAAGACGGUGGUGCCGAAGAGUUUCUACAAGUAUCGCUUCAAGUGGUGCGGCCAGGAGCAUGAGUUCAAGAUAGCCAUGGAUCGCCUGGAGCUUCUAGCUCUGUUCGAUCGUGAUCUGCACUGGCUGCACGUCCUGCUGGCCUGCGUGCUGUGCACCCUGGUCGCCUGCCUGGGCGCUGCCAUUCUGCAGCACAACUACUACAAGGAUCUGUGCGUGCUGCUCUUCUGUGCGGUCAUCGCCGGCGCCCAGUACUCGCUGGUGAAGAGCGUCCAGCCGGAUGCCGCCUCGCCGGUGCACGGCUUCAACAAGACGGUCGCCUAUUCCCGGGCCAUAUACUUUUGCCUGUGCGGCGGCCUGCUCUUGCUGCUAAAGCGUCUGGACACGGAUUAUGCGCAACGGCCGCCGGAGGCAAUGAUUUUCUUUGGCAUACACUAUGCGCCGGCGCAUGUGGUCGGAUUGCUGCUGCAGUCGCUCUAUGUGCUGCUACUUUGCUUUCCGAUCAUCUUUUCGGUGGGUCUGUGCCCGCAGAUCAACACGUUUCUCAUGUACCUGCUCGAGCAGCUCGAUAUGCAUCUCUUUGGCGGCAAUGCGGCGAGCAGUCUGCUCGGUUCAUUCCUUUGCCUGCUGCGCUCCGUGCUCGCCAUUCUGCUGCUCUACGGGCCGCUUUACGCGGCCCUGGACGAGCGUCGCGGCACACAGUAUAUACUCUUCUCCAUAUUCUGCGCCAUGCUCAUACCGUUGGGCUAUCAUUUGUCGCGCUCGGCGAGCGAUUUCAGUCAUCUGUGGCGGCUCAUCAAGACCUGCAUCGUGAGCACCUAUCGCGACGACGAGGACGACCUGAGGCACAGCCGCAAACGUAGCCAAGCCGGGCAGCAGCAGCAGCAGGAGCACGUGCAGCAGCAACAGCUGAGCCGCGGCAAGCGUCAGUCAUCGGAGCCGACGUCAACGGGGCAGCCAACGCCGCUUGCAACGCAUCGGGCACGCCAGCCGGAGCUCAGCUCCAUGGCCAACAGCAAUGAGCAUAUCGAGCUCAGCUCGCUCGAAAAGCUCGCCAUGGGCGAGGAGCAGCAGCCCGAACGGGAGCAGGAGCACGAGCACGAAGCGGAGACACAGCUGAAUCAGAAGCAUAGCAAAUCGAAGGCCUCGUCGCUGGGCAGCAGCCAAACGCUGGCCAAGACCAUCAGCAGCAGUAAACGCGCCAUGACCGCCUCCAGCUCGUACGCUUCCAUUGGCGUUGAGGACCCAGCAGCAGCUGCAGGAGCAGCAGCAACAGCAGCAGCAGACAAGGAGCUGGUCAAGAGAUCGCGCAGUCAGGAGAACGUUUACGAGGCAAAGACCAACGAGGAUGUGCAGGAUGACAAAAUCUCGAGUUCAUCGACAACGAAUCCCGGCGAUAUGUCCACACUGACCGCCGGCGCGGGCACCGCCAACACAGACAUCGAUGCGACAGCCUUGGACGCUGAGACGGAUGAUCAUCAGGAGGAGGAUCAUGCCGCCAUCGAGCUGGACAACAGCGAGCUGGACCAGGAUGAGUUGCCCGAUCCGUUGCCGCGCAAAUUGCAGGCAACUGUGACGACGCGCCUGAAGAACGAUCUGGUUGUGAUGACCCUGCUGGGCGUCAGUGUCCUUGUGCUUCAUUGCAGCACCGUCUUCACCGUUCUCCAGCCGGAUCUCAAUGUCGUUCUCUACGUAUUCAUCGGCACCCUAGGCGCCCUGCUCCACUAUGCCGUGCCCCAGAUGCGCAAGCACAUGCCCUGGCUGUGCUUCGCUCGACCGCUGCUGCGCCAGAAGGAGUUCGGCCAGUUCGAGGUGCUCAAUGCGCCGCAGAUCAUGUGGUUCGAGAAGUUCUACAUCUAUCUGAGCGUUCUCGAGCGCAACGUGCUCUUCCCUCUGUUGGCCAUAUCAUCGCUGACCGCCGACUCGCAGCAUAUUGUCGACAAGUUCGGAGUUCCUUGGGGCACGCUCAUCGUCGCCGUUUGCGCGCUCAAAUUUGUCCGUAAUGCAUACUCGGAUCCGACGAACCAAUACCUGAUCAUUAUAUUCACCGUGCUGCUCUUUCGCAUCGAUUUCUCGAUGGCAACGGAAAGUUUCAUCAUCGACUAUUUCUUCGUAUCGCUCGCUUUUCGCAAGUGCUGCGACUUUCUGCUCAAGCUGCAGUUCAUUGUGACGUACAUCGCGCCGUGGCAGAUUACGUGGGGCUCGGCUUUCCAUGCCUUCGCCCAGCCCUUCAGCGUGCCCCACUCGGCCAUGCUGUUCCUGCAGGCGGGCAUCUCGGCGCUGCUGUCGACGCCGCUGAAUCCGUUUCUGGGCAGCGCCAUAUUUCUCACCUCGUAUGUGCGUCCGGUUAAGUUCUGGGAACGGGACUACAAUACGCGUCGCAUCGAUCACUCGAACACGCGGCUCAGCUCGCAGCUGGAGCGCGAUCUCGGCGCCGACGACAACAAUUUGAAUAGCAUCUUCUACGAGCAUUUGACGCGCUCGUUGCAGCAUUCGCUCUGCGGCGAUCUGCUCAUGGGUCGCUGGGGCAAUGUCAACCAGGGCGAUUGCUUCGUGCUCGCCUCGGACGAUCUGAAUUGUUUGGUGCACAUCAUCGAGCUGGGCAACGGGCUGUGCACGUUUCAGAUGCGCGGCCUGGAAUUUCGCGGCACCUAUUGCCAGCAGCGCGAGGUGGAGGCCAUUACGGAGGAUGUCGAGGACAACGAUGGCUGCUGUUGCUGUGAUCCCGGCCAUUUGCCCCGCCUGCUCAGCGCCAACGCCAUGUUCUCCACGCGCUGGCUAGCCUGGCAGGUAGUUGCCGCCCAAUAUGUCAUCGAGGGCUAUUCCAUAUCCGAUAACCUGGCCAGCGCCACGUUGCAGGUCUUCGAGUACCGCAAGGUGCUCAUCACCUACUACAUUAAGAGCAUCAUCUACUAUGUGGUGCGGAAUCCGAAGCUGGAGCAGUGGCUCGCCUCGGGUCCCAUACAGGAGGCACUGCAGCAUACGCUGAGCCGUCAAUUUGUCGAUCUCGAUCCCAUAUUCAAUUUCAAUCUGGAUGAGGAUUUCGACUUUCGUGCCGUUGGCAUAACACGCUCUAGCUUCUGCUACGUCUAUCUCAAGUGGAUCAACUACUGCGUAGACAAGCGCAAGGAGGCGCAAGCCGCCAAGGAGCCAACAGUGCAGCCAGUCAAGGAGCCUCCGGCGCCACCGGCUGCCGCCACAGCGCCGCCCACAGUUGCCGCUGCUGUGGUGCCGCCGCCACCGCCACGCCCACCCACGCCCGCGCACAACGACUCGAAGAGCACGCCGAAUCUGUCCGCGCACGGCGGCACCAGUGUGCCCCAGUCCAAGUCGCAGUCGCAGCAACAGCUGCGCAGCGUCCGGCCCCAGAAGAGCGCCACGAUGAGCGGCGGCAAUACGGCGCCCGGCGUUGUCCAGCCGGAGGGCAGCGUGCUGGGCGGCAUCGAUCAGCUGAGCAGCUCGCACAGCUUUGCCAACAUCUCGCGUCAGACAUCGGAGAGCGCGCCCGGACUGGGCAACUAUGUGGCCUACAUGGAUCAGAAUGUGUUCGUCAAGCUGGCCAAGACGUCGACAACGACGCCGGGCAACACCAUAAUGCCCAGCACUGUGCCCUCGAUGACAUCGCGGCCGACGCCGAAGCCACGCGCCCAGAGCGUCAACAAGGACGCACCGCUGGUGUCCCUGUGCCUGGCACUGGGCCUGCUCGCCCGUCGAUCCCUGGCCACCGCGUCGCACAGCUCACUGACGGGCGUCGAGUACUUUUUGCACGGCCUCCAUGCGCUCUUCAAGGGCGACUUUCGGAUCACGUCGCCGCGCGACGAAUGGGUAUUCGCGGACAUGGAGCUGCUGCAUUCAGUUGUGGCGCCCGCUGUUAAAAUGGCCCUCAAACUGCAACAGGAUCACAUUACAAAUCCGGAUGAGUUUCACGAUCCGCUCGCCCUGUACGAGGCCAUCGACAAUUGCUCCAAGGAGCUGGUCAUCUCGCACGAGGCGGAUCCCGUCUGGCGCAGCGCUGUGCUGCGCGGCGCACCCAAUUUGCUGGCGCUGCGCCAUGUCAUGGAGGACGGCUCCGACGAGUAUCGCAUCAUCCGGCUGACCAAGCGUUUUCUCAGCUUUCGCGUCAUCAAACUGAACCGCGAAUGCGUGCGCGGCUUGUGGGCAGGCCAGCAACAGGAGCUCAUCUAUUUGCGCAAUCGCAAUCCGGAACGCGGCAGCAUACAGAACGCCAAGCAGGCUUUGCGCAACAUCAUCAACUCCAGCUGCGAUCAGCCCAUUGGCUAUCCCAUUUACGUCUCGCCGCUGACCACAUCCUAUGCGGACACAAAUGGCCAGCUGUGUCAGGUGAUUGGCGGCGCCAUAACCCUCGACACGAUCAGGCAAACCGUACUCGAUUGGUGGCAUCGCAUACGGGAACGCUGCCGCCAGGGCUGCAGCUCCGGCUCCGCCAUGGAGGCAUCCAUGCAGCUCGGCGGCGGCGCCGGCGGCGCCUGCAAUUUCGGCAGCGGCGGCAGCGUCGUCGGCACCGGCACCGGCUCCAUCUCCAUUGCAGGCUCAGCCGCCGUUGCAGCGGGCGCGACGAGCGUUGGCGGCGCCGGCGGCGGAGUUGUCGCCGGCUCGGGCAGCGCGCCCGGCACGGCGAGCAGCACGGGCGGCGAAUCUGGCACGGAUCUGGCGCCGGUGUUCAUCUCGGCGCCGCUCUACAACACGCUCACCGUCAACAGCUACUACGGCCACGUCCGGCCGGGCAAUGUGCCCGGCAUGACCGGCAUGGCCGGCAGCUAUGUUGGCGAUACGCUGGCCGUGGUCCGCGGCGGCCUGGCCGUCAUGCCCGUCAAGCCCACCUCGACCACGCUCAUAGCUGGUCUGCUUAAUCGCGAACGCGACCAGGAGGCUGCCUGCUCCGGCUCCGGCUCCGGCACUGGCACCGGCUCCACGUUGCGCAUGGCUCCCGGCUCCAGCACUGGACCGCGCACGCGCAGCGGCGGACAGCUCCAGGGAAGCACUCGGCGCGCCACAUUGCCCAUUGCCAGCGGAGCUGAUGCUGCGGCCGAUGCCAAUGCCAUGCAUUCGGAACUGGCCGAGCCGGAGUCUAGUCCGCGCUCCAACAAGCUGCUGUCCGGCUCGUCCGGCAGCCUCGGCAUCGGCCCCGGCGUUGGCAAUAUCAUAACCACGCCCGGCGAUUAUCCGCGCAAGACCAAGGGACCCAUUUGCCUCAUGGCCAGCGACUCAGCCUCCGGCAGCACCAGCGCAGCAUCAGCCACAGCCGCAACAGCAGCAGGAGCAGCAACAACAUCCUCAUCCGCAACCGCAUCCGCAUCGAAUGCUCAGCAAACGCCGCGCAAACCGCGCAUCGAUAUCUACAGAAAGGUCAUCAUUGUGGACGAUACGGGGAUCUACGACUGUCUGGACAUCAUCGAUGCCGUCGUCUGGCCCACGGAUCAUAUGCGCGCUAAUGGCGGCCGGCUCAGCUGGAAGGAUUGGGAGCCGACGGCGGGAAUGGUGGGACAUGUGGUGCACGUAUGGGUGCCGAAUCACAAGGAUGUGCUGUUCCGUUCGCAUGUGAAUCGCUGUGUGUAUCUGAUCGAGAUCGGGGAGCACUAUGUGCCCGUCGAGGAGCUGGGCCUGCGCGAAUACAAUCAGAUAUUGGGCAGCAGCAGCGAGGAGAUGGCCAACUCCAGGCGCAGCUCGAUACAGCGCGACUUUCACGAGUACAACAUGCAGCUGAAGCUGGCCGGGCUGACGCCCAUCCUGGGACCCAGCGGCAGCGGCAGCAAGAUGCCAAAAAUACGCGCCGUCAGCAGCAGCUCCUCCGACGAGGAUGACGAUCCAGCACCGACAGCUGCGGCUUCGACUGCGACUGCGACUGCGGCUUCGACUGCGGUUGCCGUUGCCGGCGAUGUGGCCGACACUGCGGCCGGAGCAGCUGCUGUUUCGGCGAGCUCGCUGCCACCGGGCGUCAAUUUCAAUAUGCUGCUCAACAUGUGGAAACUGAUUGCCGACAAGAAGAAGCAGGCCAUCAAUAUUGAUACCACGGAGCCAUUCGCGGCAUUCGAUUAUACGGGCGAGCUGCCGCCGGAGCUGAUGCGUGAGCUGGAGGCAAGUCGAUUGGCGCAACAACAGCAGCUAGAGGAGCAGCAGGAGGAGGAGCUGCGCAAGCAUUUGCAACAGCUCGAGGAUGAGGCGAAUGCUCUCGCUGCCGAGCAGGCGGCGCAGUCAAACGUGAUACAGACGCCGCCAAGCGAGGAGCUGUCGCUGGAGGUGAGCGGCACGCCCACGCCGACAAGUACGCCCACGGCGGAGGAGGAGAUCAAGGUGGAGCAAGAGCAGGAGCAGGAGCAGGAAGAGGAGAAGCAGGAGGAGAAGCAGGAGGAGAAGGAGAUGGAGAAGGAGGAGCAGCAACAGGACAAAUUAGAGAAAGAUGACGAGGAUAAUGGAACCACAGUUUAAAGCACACACACACACACACACACACACACACACACACACACAGAGAGAGAGGGGUGUGCGUGUGUGGUGUAUAUCAUUUGAUGAACAAUUUAGCCCAACUGAAACGAAUUCGGAUCUAAGCAAAUAAAAAUAAAAAUAAUUAAAUAAUUAUAAAAAAAAAAGAAUACAACAAAGAAAUACUUCCAUGAAAUCAAAGUAGAGUUUUUAAAACGACUGCGUUUAGUUUGGAUAAAUGUAAAUAUUAAUUAAUUAAUUAUACAAGCUAUAUAUA